AUGAACCACACGUCAUUUUUUCCCAAUGUCAGUGAAGAAGACAUUUUCUGCUGUGAUCACUUUUUAUCCCAAGGAAGUGUCUUGGCAUCUGUCUGGUUCCAAACAACUGUUUAUUUACUCUAUUCAAUAGUAUUUGUAGUAGCAUUGGUUGGAAAUGCUCUAGUAUGUUACGUGGUCUGGAGUAAUCCACGUAUGAAAACAGUGACAAAUUUUUUUAUAGUUAAUCUUGCAUUUGGUGAUAUUCUCAUGACAUUAUUUUGCGUUCCAACAAGCUUUGUAAGCACCCUAAUCUUACAAUAUUGGCCUUUUGGUGCUGAAAUGUGUCCCAGUGUCAAUUAUUCUCAGGCAGUGUCUGUACUUGUCAGUGCUUACACACUGAUUGCUAUCAGCAUAGAUCGAUAUGUUGCGAUAAUGUGGCCGUUAAAGCCACGUAUGAGCAAGAGUCAAGCUAAGUUAUUGAUCUUGGCAGUUUGGUUAGUUGCUUUGACUGUUUCCUCACCGAUUGCAGUAGUAUCUCGUCUUUCUCAACCGAGCGAGAGAUAUCAGAAAUGUAACCGAUACAUAUGCCAAGAGCAAUGGCCUUCAGCACAUCAACGAUACUACUACUCAAUUGCACUGUUGGUCCUCCAAUACCUUGUGCCACUUAUAGUUCUUAUAUUCACCUAUAGCAGUAUUGCAAUUAAAGUGUGGGGAAAGAGGCCUCCUGGUGAAGCGGAAAAUAUCAGAGAUCAAAGGAUGGCCAAAUCAAAAAGAAAGAUGAUCAAGAUGAUGAUGACCGUUGUAACUGUAUUUACAGUUUGCUGGUUACCAUUCAACGUACUUAUGUUAGUACUCGACAACAACGAGAGUAUAUCCAAUUGGAAAGGGUUACCGUAUGCUUGGGCAGCUCUUCAUUGGCUUUCAAUGUCUCAUUCCUGUUACAAUCCAGUCAUUUAUUGCUGGAUGAAUGCCAGAUUCCGAUCUGGCUUCAUAAUCGCUCUUGCUAAAGUCCCAGGAGUCCACAGAUUUUUACCAAAUUAUCGGUAUAGUCAGAACAAUAGUACUGCAGCUAUUGCACUUACAGGUUUUGAUGGUACAAAUAAUUCAACUUUAAAAAGAAUAAACACUUGUACAACAUACGUGAGUGUUCGGAGGAAGCCUGAUUACAAUUAUGGAAUUCCCAUAAAAGGUGCUAACUUUCGUAAUACGGAAACAUUAAAACCAAUGCACGAAACACAAAGACAUCUAUUCAAACUAGAAAGUCAACGAGAAGAAGAAUUGUAAAAAAUAAAUUUAACGUAAUUAAUAAAAACUACAAUCAAAAAAAUGAAACAAUUGAAAUAAGUUGAAUUACAACAAAAAAGUAAUUAAGAAACUUUUUCAAAUAUAUAAAUAAAAAAAUGGCACAGAGCCACUAUUGUUGUUGAAAAAAAGAUUAAUCAAUGUCGUUUAAUGUAGUUAACUUGGGCAAUUAAUGUUUAUUGUAAACAAAAAUAAUUUAUAAAAAUCAGAAUUUUUAAUAUUAAUUGACUGAAUUUAAUUAUAAACAUUUAAUAUACAUGAACAAUUUUUUAAAUUGCUCAACAUCUAUGCCAUACAAUACGUAUGUACCAUCAACAUACGAUUAAACAUAUUGAGAAAUAUUGUUUUUGAACAUCAAAAUACAUUUGUAUAUAUUAGUUAAAAUUUUUAAGAGAUAUACACUCAUCAAUGUACAUAUA